CUCCGGACGGACGGAUGAGCAUCAGCCCGGGAUCAGAGUCCACCGGCGCGGCCCCCCUCGGGACAGGGGCCCUCCGGUGCUUUGCGGUUGUGUGCAGGAGAAAGACGGGAGGAGCUGGAGCCCGGCAGAGCCCUCCCCGAGCAAACAGCCCAGCCCUGAGCACACAAGGGGGUAUAAACGGCCCUCCCGGAGCCCGGCACAUCCUGUGUGUGGUCGGUCCUCAAGCACGCUGCUGUCAUGGAGGCCAGAGCGCUUUGGCUGCUGCUGCUGGUCCUGGCCCUGGGGUCCUCUGGCUGGGCUCAGGAGUACAUCGGCCUGUCGGCAAGCCAGUGUGUCGUCCCACCCAAGGACAGGGUGGACUGCGGCUACCCCCAGAUCACCGAGCGGGACUGCAACAACCGGGGCUGCUGCUUUGACUCCCGCACCCCAGGGGUGCCCUGGUGCUUCAAGCCUCUGCAAGAGACAGAAUGCACGUUCUGAAGCUCUGCUCGCAGCCGCCUGGGAAGGCGCCGCCUGUGGCCGCUGGCUGGCUGAGGGGGCCGCUCGUCACCACUUGGCCUGCCGCGGGCAAGCGGGCCCGCUGAACACUCACGUCCAGGGUCUGCUGUCCUAAGGAAUAAAGCGCUCACGCUCGG